UUAUAAAGCCCAGGGUAUGGUUGACGAUCACCCAAAUAGAAAAGUGGAUUACUUACGCACUGGGAUAGUUUGAUGACAGCAAUGGACAUAAUAGAAACCCUCGAUCAGAUAAACCCAUCCCUUAAGUCCUCAUUGAUAACUUGAUCAAAUGGCAAAAGUAGCUUACUUCUCUCAUAAUGAUAAAUGUGGACUUCACUGCACACAGAUUUCUGUUUGCUUAAUUCUCCUUUCAUCACACUUAAGUAGACCCACUGGUCUAAAAUAUUACUCCAUUGGUCAGAAUAAUUAUAUUCCAUCUGUCUUAUUAGGUUAUAUAAGAGGGCUUUGUUGGCAUGUUAUCUAAUGGAAUGAAUGGCUAAGGUGAUCUCUCUCUGUCUGCAGGGCUGUUGUGUGUUGAGGCACACAACUGCAGGCCAGCUGUGGAACAUCAUCGCUCCCAGAGAGUUAAUUGAUUUCUCCUACACCACAGACUUACAGGGAUGGUGUAUUGUCCUGUGGUGAGUAGCAACAUGCAAUGAAGUAACCAUAAGGGAAGGCAGCAUAAUAAAUACAAAGAUGCUUCCUUACGUUGUUGUUCUUUUCCUUAGAUUUUCACCUGUGUGUAAGUCUGGUGUCCACUGCUUUCUUCUAACUACAAUAUUAUUAUCUAACUAAAAUAAUCCCAAACAGGCUCCCAGGUUACAGGUUUAAAGACUAGGAUCCAGGACAUGUUUUCUAUGUAAUACUAGCUCUGUGUAGGUGUUCGUGUUUGCCUUUCGGUCCGAUGUCCGAUGAUCAUGGUUAACCGAAACGUUGACAUUUUUCUAACCUUUAGGAACUACUAUUUUUUACAUGGAAAUAGUAUAUUUUCACAAGCCUUAUAGGUUCAUAUGCAGGGUCAACAUAUUUUAGGGAGAACCGGACCAGAAUGUUGUCUGACCACAGAUUUAUUCUGUCUCCACCAGAUAUCAGUGUGGACCAUGAGAAGGAGCACCAGAGUUAUGUCCGAGGCUUCAACCUCCCGUGUGGCUGGUUCUGAGUGCCCACACCAGACAGCACCACCACCUCAGCCCAGAGCCUCCUGACGGGGUACACCCAGACAGACCUCCGUGGGAUGAUCCCCAGUCUGCUGUGAACAUGGCAAUGGCCGGCACCCUCAUCAACUUCUACACUGACCUGCGCAACGCUCUGAAGAAGGCC